AUGUACGUUUACCAGCUCAUCGACAAGGAAUUACCCUUCUUGGGGCGAUUCAGCUAUCUCUUUCCUGCUGCUGCCUUCUUGGGCUUCGUCGCGUUAGAGGUCAUCGUCCUGCAAGCUACGGGGCACUUUGAGCUGAUAAAGAGAGCUGCAGUGAAAUGGGGACUCUUGAUUCUCACGACCGUGGUCACGAUGGUUGCGCUCUUUUGGACCCUCUACAUGAGGCUCGAGGGGCUGUUCCGUGACUUGAGCAUCCUCCACCUCCUUGACAUGCAAUCCGAAAGCAACACCGAGGACCUCCAAGAGCUUCGCCAACAGAUGGCCCACCGAAGCAAGAUGUUCGAACGACUGCGGUACUACAGUCCGCUGAUCGUCUGGCUAUGCUUCAUUUGCCUGGAGAUCGUGCUCCUCUGGCAACUUGGAUACCUCGAUGAGCUUGCGGACCAAGUGAUCGAGUAUGGAGUUCUCGGUGUGACGGUGGUGGCUUUGGUCUUCACUGGCUUCACUACAGCCUACAUCCGCGUGGAGGGAAUCUUCACUGAUCUUUUCCAUCUUGGGACGAAGAACCUCCACGACGUGGAGGCUAUCAUCAAAAAGGUGGUGCGUUUCGAAAGCUGCCGGGGAUUCUGGCGUUGCAGAUGA